CUGAAGCCCAAUCUACUCCUCUCCUCCCCGCAUAGCAUAUAGGCGAUCUGAUCUUGCCGGGUAUAUUUUUACCGUGAGGCUCUGAUUCCGUUUCUCGUUUAUAUUUUUGGAAUGGACACAGAAUGCACCAUGGGCAGCCAUACUCGGUCACUAUGGACAUGUGCCGCGGGAAGGCUAGACGAAGCUGACCAGAGCCUCCUCGCCUUUGGGCAGGAAAUUAACAAUGCAAUUAACGACGAAAGCACUCUUGAUUUAGUUGAAUCAUUAACGUACACAACUCACAAGGCCUACGAGCUAUGCGUCCGCAAACGAUGGCAGAUCAAGCUGCCUGGCAGGAAGGACAAGAUUAUUGUCCGUGACUUACUAGGCAAGAUCACACAUUGGAUUCAAGUCUUCAAGAAUGUUGGGGAUCAGGCUAUCUCAUUCGACCCAGGCCAUGCAGCUUUGCCGUGGGCUGGGGCUCGAUUUCUCCUACAGAUUGCAAUCAACGACUUCAAGCAGUUUGACUUUGUCGUUGAAGGCGCAGCAAAAAUUACCAGAAUCACCGCUCGAUAUCGAAUAGUCGAGUGUCUCUAUCUACAACGCUCUAGUGCCGCAACGACCUUACUCGAGCAGGCGGUCGUAAGGCUGUACACUACAAUGCUUGAUUAUCUCGUCCAGGCCAGUCGCUACUUUCAGCAGCGGACGGGUAUCCGUAUAUUGAAGAGUGGCGUACUUGCUCAGAACGAUUUCCAGGAUCUGCUAGUGAAGAUGGACAACGAGGAACGCGAGGCUGAUCAUUGUGCCGAUUUGGCCAAGACGGAAAUGGCUAAUGAGACUGCGGACCAAUUUGCGAAUUUGUCUCUGGAGAUGAAUAACAUCGCUUUACUGCGCGAUGCACUGGAUCGAAUGGAGCAGCCUAUAUCACAAACGGCGCGUCAGCUUGAGCAAGUCGAAGAUUAUUUGAGUAAUGUACAAAGGCGAGAUAUACUGGACUGGCUUUCGUCCCAGCCCUACUAUGACCACCACACGGACAUCCAGCCCAAGGUACUGGAAGGGACUUGCCAAUGGGUAAUUCAACACCCCGAAUUCUCCAAAUGGCAAAAUGACAGCAAACAGCAAAAAUACCCUCCUAUGGCUACACGGUACACAGGGGUCGGGCAAAAGCUGUCUCACAUCUACGGUGAUCGAUGAGAUCAUGAAAGCUUCGCAAUCAAAUGAUAUGCACUCCCUAGCAUACUUUUACUGCUCCCGCGACACCGCAGAGCCAGAACGUGCAAAGCCGCAAAGCAUUUUGGCGUGUAUCGCGCGCCAGCUUUCUCGCCGGUCUCAAACUCAGUCAAUUGCUCCUCCCACCUUGGCUUUGUACUAUAAAUUGCACUCUGUGGACGGUUCGAAGCGAAAACCAACCAUGGCCGAGUUAUGCAGUUUGAUUCGGGAAUUGACUGAGCUCUACGAUCGAUCGAUGAUCGUGGUGGAUGCGCUAGAUGAAUGUGAUGUUGUUACGCGGUGGGAACUUGUCGAGGCGUUGGAAUCAAUUACCGAAUCGGCCAGCCUUGUCAAGAUUUUUGUCAGCUCGCGCGAGGAAGGGGAUUUGCGACUUUCUCUCCAGACUCAUAGCGGGCUUCAGGUCACGUCCUUGGAGAACGAGGAUGAUAUACGGAAAUUCGUGGAGUUUGAAACGGAUCGGCUAAUUGCAAAGAAGCAGUUGUUGGCAUAUAUUCGAAAGAAACAGACGAAAGAGGAGUUGACGCAACUGAUCAAAGAGGAUGUUAUCUCCAAGGCCAAGGGAAUGUUUCGUUGGGCAGAGCUACAGCUGCAAAGUCUUCGAGGAAUUCGAGCAGAAAAGGAUAUUCGAUCUGAACUCUUUCGCAUCCCUCGAGAUCUUAGUGCACUAUAUCAAGAUCUAUACGAUAAAGCUCUCGAAACGACCCAAGAGACGGAUCAGAUUGUGUUCCAACACACCCUCAAGUGGAUGCUGAGUGCGCAACAAAAUCUCACGCAUCAUGACUUUUUCCUAGCUAUCACGGCAUUUACGGACCUCGGAGCUGAUGAUUUAGACGAAGACUUUAUCUUGGACCUUCUGAGCAACUUUGUCGUGUCAUCCACGACGGAAGAAGGAGAUCGAUUCUUCCGUUUCGCACAUCUCUCCGUCCGCGAAUUCCUCGAGGAGAUGCCCGAAUAUUCAACCGAGUGGACCAAUACAUUCGCAGCGGAGGUCGCUCUUCUCACGUUGAUCUGUGCAAGUGACUCACCGAGCGCGAAUGAGUUCAUCAACACGCUAGGAGUCGUGCCUCUUGAUAUUGUGCCGUUUUCUGAAAUCCGAUCCAACGAACAAGGCUUCCAUGAUUAUUCCCUGAAGUUCUGGACUAAUCACUGCGUGCUUGCUGGUGAGCAGAACCGAGCAACGGAAAAUCUGAACAUUCGAAAACUGCUGCAUUUCUUCCUCUUCGAUGAUUCCGACGAUAAUUGUCCGUUGAAUUGUUGGGCACUCUCCCUCCGACGCGAUGAGAGCCUGGGGAUAAUCAUGAAAAAUUAUCAAAGCCCCCAUGACCGAGCAUUCUUGCUUGCAUGUUACUCUGGGUUCGACGAGAUAGUCCAUAUUGCCCUAGAUCAUGGCCUGGACGAAAGAGUGAAAGAAGAAGGUGCACUGUCGGCGUUUAAACAGGCCCACGCUUCAACUGCAGAGUUGCUCAUCGGCCCCCGGGGCGAUGCUAAACUACGAGAGUACGUGCUACAUCACUUGGGGGCUCCUCAUCGAACCGCUGAAUACGCGGAUGCCGACGUAGUUCGAUGGUUGCUAGACUUAGUUGAGCCCGCUCAGAUCACAGAAAAGGUGAUUCUCAAUGCAAAGAAUCUGGAUGCGGAGGUUAUUUGCAUGCUGCUAGAUCACAACAGAGAUCUGCGCAUCACAGAGAAUAUGAUCCGGAAAUGUUUACUCAGCCGCGGUGCCAUCAUGGCAUUUGUGACUCGAGAACCUGAUAUUGAGAUUCUUCCGGAUAUGCUUAUCGCGGUAAUACGGACAUGGCCUUUUGAUGCUAAGCUUUGCAUCAACUUGAUUAACAGAGCCGGCCCAGCAUCUAUCAAUUGCGAUGUGAUCUCCUGGAUAGCAUACUCUGCGGGCGAUCCUGAACGGGAAGAGCAAGCUAUGCCCAUCCUGCUUCUCCUUCUAGAGCGCGCUGGACCACUCAAUAUCAGCCAUCGUGCCGUAACUCGGGCUUUUGUCAACGAUAACACCGGCAAGGUAGUGAAAAUUCUUCUCGAUCAUGGAUGGCCAGUAACUCCCCAGUUGAUUCGCGAGGCGGCUUCCUUCGGCAACCCAGCGGUUUUCCCCUUGAUUUUCAAUGCUGCAGGUGGGAGUUGCGACGUCACUCCCGAGCUUCUCCAAGCCACUGUGGAAAGUUACGAAACCAAUGGACAUGAAAUAUUGAGAUACCUCGUAUCCAGAUCUAGUCAACCUAUCAGCGACGAGACCUGGGCAAGACUGAUUAGCUAUUGCCUGACACCUGAGACUUUGCGAUGUCUCUUGGACAUGAAGCCUAACAUGCGGGUGCCGGAGUCAGUGCUACUUCAUAUCACUCAGGAGAAUAUCUAUACUAGCGACGCGACCUUGAGCAUGCUCCUCAAAGAUGCGCGAGAUCUCGAGAUCACCGAUGCCGUUGUAGGAUCAGCUCUGGAGAAGAUGGAAUACGGGGAGCACGUGUCGCAGCUAUUGAACCGACAUGAUACCGAGCUCAUCACUCAGCCUUUAUUGAUCGGAGCGGUCAGUAAUGUAGGCUUUGGAGAUGAGAUGACGGGGGCUUUGAUACACCGGAACGUCCCGAUGGAGGCACCAUCCACCGAAGUCAUCAAUGCAGUAAUCAAGAAUACCCAUUCAGGGCUCCAAUAUCUUCGGAUGCUUGAGGCACACUUUGGACCGAUCAAGUUCACCGACGAACACAUUGAGACUGCGGCAUCAGGAAGUCUUCAAAUGAUCAAGCUAGUCUUUGACCGCCGGUCAGUCACGCAUGUCACUCCUUCGAUGCUCCUUCGGGCAGCUUCCAGGGGAACUCUGGAUGGGAUGAAAUUCCUUCUUCAGCUGGACGAUGCUAUCGUGACCCGCGAGAUCCUGAUUAUCGCCGCGGGGAACGGGCGAUGUGGAGCUAAAAUGCUUCGGCUUCUUUGGGAUCACAGCCCGGACAUCAAGCCUUGCGUUGAAAUGUUCAUGAAAAGCGCUAGUAUCACAGAUACAGCGUCAGGGACCAUUGGGUUCUUGGUGGACCGUCUGGAUGAUAUCCAACUUGCCCAAGAAGUGCUGGAGACCGCGAUAAGAACCAGGUACAAGUACCCUUUUGGAGCAAGUCGGGUGGUGGAGGCACUCCUGGGGAGUACUCUGCCAGUUAAGAUGACGGGCGAGAUGGUUACCGAGGUCCGAGGCGAUCGCGAUAUGAACCCGUUCAUGUGUCGUGUGGUCGACCGCUAUGCCGGGGCGACAGAGACCCAGGAGAUGGCUGACCUCUAAUGGACAGUGGUUUAGAGGUAAUUUCUUGAGAUGAGGAACAGAAUCGAAUGGAUUGCCAGUCGAGUUGGAAGUUUGAAUGUAUACUGGGUAGUUCUUUCGGUACAAGGGUGAAGACCUGUAAUUCAAGAUUGUCAGAAGUGACCAUGCUCAGAC